AUGUUGGGCAGAAGAGAGGUGCCCCUGCUCCCCGGGGGCCACACUGAGCAGGAGGGUGGCCUUAGGCUCACUUGCGCCCAGCGCCGGAGCUCCCAGCGGCUGCCAGCUGCGCCCGGACGGCGAGCCGGGCUAGGGGGCGCCCCCCGGAACUUGGGCCAAGGCUGUGCGCGGGGUCGGGGCGCCCCCCGGAGCUUCCGCCGAGAGAGGGGUGCACAGAACCCCCGUGCGCGGGGACUGCAUGCCCCGCGGAGUGGGACCCAGGAGCUCCCGGGCCGGAGGCGGUGUACGAGGAAGGAGGGCGCAGUGGGUUUCGAACCCCACCGGACCAUCGAGUGGGGCUUCUUUCCCCCGGGGCUCCUGCAGAAGCCCCAACAGACGCCACCCCCAGAAAUGUCCUGCACGCACGGUCACGCGUGUGUGAGGUGGCAUUUUCUAUCCUCUGGUUACCGGCAGAAAGGGGGGGACGGGGCCAGCGCGCGCAAGCUGUCCGGGGUCCCCUGGCUCCAGGCGCAGCCCCACCCGCCCGCGGGUAGCAGCGGGGCUCGGGGAGGAUUUGCGGCGGCGUCCGCGAGGCGCAGAGCGCACGCCUGCUCUCCAGAGCUUCGCCCAGCUGGGGCAGUGAGAAUUUGCCGACGGUGCCCGCACCUCGACUGGCCCCGCCCCGACCCCGGGACGCCCCGCCCCCUGGCCCUGCCAGCGCCGGCCCGUUGUCCGGGCCCCGCCCAGGGCCGCGCCCCUCGCGGAUGCCCCACUCACCGGCUCCGCGCCGCGGGCCUGCCCUCAGGCCCCCGCGGGCUCCGCGCCGCCGCCCGGAGGCUCGCGCCCUCCCAUCGCUCCGGGACCCGCCCGCCGCGUCCCCUGGGCAACAGUCUCCAGGGAGACCGGGCUCCGCCCCCGGCACCGACACCCGGUACGGAGCCCACCUGUGCGGGCGUCUGCGGGGUCCCAGUGCCCCCUGCUCACGCCCCACCCCGCCCAGCGCCGGGCUUUGUCCGCGAGGGGAGAUCCCGGCCCGGGGGUGCGGGGGCUGGGGAGGAGGGCGCGUUCCGGGGCGCACCCGACCCCGCUGCGGAGGCCGAGGCAGCGGGCCGCGCUCGCGUUGUGCUUCUCUGA